AUGAACAUGGUCUACGCAUUUACCCUCCCAACCACAUCACCUCUCUCAUUCCAAUCAUUUAUCACAUCCUCCACACACUCUUCCCUCCCCCAAUCAGCCUCAACAGCCCGCCAUGCUCUCCGCCUCGCAUUGAAGGCUCAUAAACGCCUACCCCGCCCCCGCCAGGAUGCCCACCUACCAACCGUGCUAGCCGCUUUGAACGAUUACAUACCAUAUUUAUUCGCAAUCUCGCGCGGAUUGAAUGGCCGCUCAGUUCAUACGGAUACAUAUUCCACGCCACAAGAUGGAUAUACAACAGGAGGACCGAAUCUCCGCACCGAAGAAGUCGACAUCACAAGUCAUGCGGAGCUUGAAUCAGCAUGGAGAAAUACACUAUCUUCAUCAGGCGGCCUCAGCAUAGCAACCGAGGGCCUCCGGACGCGUAACGGGCGAGUUUCUGGCCGAGGCAUCCACUUUGAACUGGGAUUUACCCUCACGACGCUGGGGUAUGUGUUGAGCAGAAUGGCUCGCGCAGAAGUUCUUGCUUCUCUAUAUGCAUCGUCUACACCGACUGCUGAGGAGCGCACUGCUGCGAUGCAGACCGCAACACGGUAUCUACUACAAGCCAGCUCGGUGCAUAACCUGCUCGCCUCGUCGCCCUCACUCACCGCUGCGGUGUCGCCCGCACCGGAGCUUGAUCCUGCUACGCAAUCGGCACUGGCGUCUCUUGCGCUGGCGGAGGCUACACUCUUAGCUGUGCUUAAAGAUGACGCGUAUGUUGCGGCGUGCAUCCAGUCGCGCAAUCCAAAUGAUACAGAGUGGAUGGUUCAUGCGCCGGAGAUCCCCAAAGUGCGCGCUUUGCUUUUCGCGAGAUUGUGUGUUCGUGCCGCUGAGUACGCCGAACAGGCGGCUGCGGGUCUAGGUGCUGUUGGAUCUACGUCUAAUCGUGCAGGCCGUGUCGAUGACGAUUUGGUCCGCUAUACUGGAGUUUUGGCGCGCGUUGCUCGGGGACGAGCUUGUCGCUUUUUCGGCGUAGACGCUGAGCUAUCAGGCAGAGUUGGUGAAGGUAUUGCCUGGCUACGAGCUGCACGUACACCCCUUGGGCUACGCGGAGCAGGGCCCUCUCGGGAUGAAGGCGCUGGUUCGGGUAGCUCUGCGAAGGGCGGCCUGUCCCGCUUGAAACGAGAGUGGACAGAACGUCGUGAGGACCGGCGAGUAGCUAAGGAUGCUGGUGGUAGUCGGAGCGAAAAAGGACCAUUGGAUGCGGGGGAUGACGCAGGCCGGUGUGAGGAAGGGCGAGUGAUCGCGAUGCUGGAGACGAAAUGGGAGAAGAUGAAUGACACGGUGAGUUCAAAUUCGAUAUUCUCUUGCGAUCGCAUGAGGUUUGAGAUUGCACGGUUUAUUGACUCAAUCCAGAUAAACACGCAGAUCAUUCCGCCAUCUGCUCCUUUAUUGUCUAACCUGCCCUCUGGCCGAGAUAUUCACUCCCCGCCAGCACCAUAUCAGCCCCCAUCUCUCGAUGAGGAUCAGCUCAUGCGAAUGCGUGCUCCGCCGGAUGAGAGAAACGAUGUGCAAUUCGGUGGUUCCGAUAGCGAGGACGAGGCAGUUCAAUCUGAUCACCGUGGACCUCCUGGUGGCUUCCCGGACCGAAGUGCGACUGCCUCGAGCGUCUAUUAUUGA